UGUUGGGGAAUUCGUGAAAAUUCGUUUGAUUGAUGUUUGAUGUCGAGUCAAGUCUUUGAUUCUCUGAAAAUCAACUUUGCACAAAAUUUUUAUAAAACUUUCUGUCCUAAAUUUAAAAUCAUGAAUUCAGUAGCCGUGAUGUACUAAUACGUUAGAUUGUCUCUUCUGGAUGGUGUAGUUUGUGUGUAGAUCAAGACUUGGUUGCCAUUGAUAUCAGAAGGGUUGGGCUGAAUUGCUAGAUAUUUUGUUUGUUUAGGUCUCCUAGAGACAUGGAAUCGGAGCACCAACCGAAACUUAACCCCAUAAGGGCCUUUCAGGUGCUCCACGGUGUAACAACAGGUGAAGAAGAUAGGAGCCUCUCAGAUUACCACGACUACGAGCCGCGUUUGGAAUUCGACGACUCUGAAUUAACUCAGUCUUCAGGACUAGCGCCCCUCCCUCCAGAGCUGCUAGAUGUUUCCGAUUUCCUGAACAGUUCUGCUAGCGAUGGAACUAUUGAAGAAAACUUUGAAGAGGAAUUAGCAAAGGCGCCGGAAAGUUAUGCGGAGAUAGCAACGUCGUCGCUUGACGACAGUUUUGCGGAGUUGCAUGGCACUGGUCUGGUGGAAGUGGUAGGCGACGAUGAGAUCGGCCGUCGGAUCAUCGUGGUGUCCGCUUGUCGGCUGCCUUCCAGCAAGGAUUUGCACCCAGACAAAUUGCUGAGGUACUUCAUGUUCACACUGGACAAAUACGUGGAGCAAGAUUAUAGCGUGGUGUAUUUCCACUGCGGUCUCACUAGCAAGAACAAGCCACCGCUGUCAUGGCUCUGGAAGGCUUACAAGGCCUUUGAUAGGAAGUACAAGAAGAAUCUGAAAGCACUUUACCUAGUCCAUCCGACUAAUUUCAUCAGGAUUGUAUGGCAAAUGCUCAGGCCAGCUAUAAGUGUGAAGUUUGGCAGGAAGAUGAUGUACGUCAAUUAUUUGCAUGAGUUGAAGCAGCAUCUCGAUUUAGAGAAAUUGUGCAUACCAAGUUCAGUGCUUGAGUACGACAAACUCCUUCUCACAAAGAAUCCCAGGGCCGCUGAACUAGCUGCCAAGAACCCAGAACGAGUGGAGAAAUCCUCGGAGCAGGGCUCCAAGGCGGCUCCUAAAGAGAGUCUCUCCCCUCCCCCCACCCAACAGUUUGGGGUCUCUUUGCAGUUCGUAAAGGAGAACAACGCCAAUAUGGUGGACUCCAUACCGCCAGUCGUUAGGCAGUGCGUGGAAUUUCUGUCGCAGCCUGAUGCGCUCGAGACGGAGGGUUUGUUCCGGCGUUCAGCGAACAUAACAGUCAUAAAGGAGCUGCAAAGGGCCUGCAACAGGGGCGAGCCGAUCUCAUUCCGGGACGACCCGCACAACGCGGCUGUCUUGCUGAAGACAUUCCUCAGGGACUUGGAGGAACCGCUCCUGACAUUCGACCUAUAUGAUGAGAUACUGAAGUUUCAGACAUGGUCGAAUAAAAGCAAACCGAGGCGAGUGAAAAUAUUGAUACUGGAGAAACUACCACUGGACAAUUAUAAACUUCUGAAGUACAUCAUACAAUUCUUAUGGAAGGUGCAAGAUCGAAGCUGCCUCAACAAAAUGACGAGCAGCAACCUGGCCGUGGUGUUUGGACCGAAUCUGGCCUGGCCCCCCAACGGACAGAUGUCGCUUCAGGCCAUCGCCCCCAUCAACGCCUUCACUGACUUCCUGCUCGAAAACCAAGAGUCUAUUUUCAUCAUUUGAACGGAACCUGCCCCUCCAAUGCCGCCACCGAGUCGCGUUGGUUCAGAUGAAAAGAAAAACAAGAAAUCUCGAGAUUGCCAUUGUAUAUAAAGAAGCGGUUUACGGAGGUCCAUUUUCGGUUAGAUUUUCUUAGCGAGCCAAGUGAAAUGGUACAUGAGAAUGAUAUUUUUUGACGUUCUGAGAUUUAGCUUCAAUAUCGAAUAGAAUUGAAUGGUGAUGGUUAUAACUUGGUACUCUAAGAAAAAUCUAUACUUCCAUACUGAUAUAAAAAUGGGUAAGUGGCUGUUUGUAUCAAACGAGGCAGGCAUUGUUCAUUUACGAUUCUCUAUGUGAAUUAAUUUGUAAAAAAUGAACAGCAAAUUAUUGUCCCGAUCUGCAGAAGACAAUAGGGGCGGAUUGUUGGUACUUUAUAUAUAGCCAAAUGUGAAUUCUCGUUACGACAAAUAAUAUUAAAACAAUGUGUUCUAAUGGCUGAUGGACUAAACACUUAAAUACAUAAAUAUCAUAGUCAUAUAAGUGCUGUCAUAGAAAAUUUCUAUUCUUCCUGCCAAAUCGGUAGGCCUUAAUAAAGGCAAUUUUUCGCACAACCAUAUAUAUUCUCUUUUAGGUUGCGGAGAGAUGUAAGGUGAUUUUUUUUCUAAUAUGAAGAAUUAAUUUAUAAGAGGCAUUUCACAUUUUCGCACGCAUAUCUACGUUUUCGACUUUUUUCGGACUCUAUUUUGACUAUCUUAAGUAGCUCACAAAAAAUAUUUCUAAAUUUAAAAAAUAUUGGCCAUAUUUUAGAGUACAAAUUUAAUACAACAGAUUUAGUAAGAUGCAUUUUAUUAAUAUUUUGUGCGCCAUCUCCCACAACCAUUUCAUUGUAAAUCUGCCACAGACUAAAUAUUGCUAAUCGAACUAAAAAAUAGAAAAUAAAAAUUAAUGACAAAGGAAUUAUAAAACAGUAGUAGUAAGUCAAACAAUCAGUUAUAGUCAAUUACCUCCGAUUAAAAUUAUAACAAAAUUAAAUUUAUAAACAAAACAAUUUAACUAAUAAUAACAUUUAUUGCAUUGUCAUCGGUCCUUGAUACGUGUGCAAAGUUCCAAGUUGAUCAGACGUUAAGAAACCAGUGAAAAUUAAGCUCAAAGAUUCCGUUACAUACAUACAUACAACCCAAGUUAAUAAAAGCGUAGUAAAAAUAAAAUAAUUCCAAAUAAAUUUUUGUUCUUCGGAGAUUCCUAUUCUAUAGUUAUUUUUUUUUAUAUUUGCAAUACAAUAAUUUUGACGAUUUUUGUGAAAUGGCUCUUUUUAAGAGGACUACAUCAGCUAAUUGAGACUUUUAUAAUACCUACGUCGUGUAGACGAUUCACUGCAUUGAUACUUCCCAAAAAAAUAUAUGCCAAUACAUAUGUAAGAAAAAUACAAAUCUCAAAACAUGAUAACAAAUCAAAAUAUUAUGUCUUUCAAUUUUGUCUCAUCAAGCGCGCCACCUGUGGUCACAAGUGUUGUUGAUAGAUGGCGCUAAAGUCGAUAAUGUCAAUGUGUGCUCGCGUUUCUAAAUUUCACUUAGAUGAUGCUUAAGCAAAUAUUAAAUGUGAUGUUAUAAUUUUAUCGGAAAUUUGGGUCUUUAUUUCACCUUUGCAUUUCAAAUUAUUAUGAUCUUAAUAUUUAUAUUGUAAUAUUCAAUUAUUUUGUACCUAAUGUAUGCAAUAUUAUUAUCAUUUCAUAUUUUAUAUUUUUUCAUAUUGUAAUCAAUAAUUUAGCUGUCAUUUUUUUAUUUUACGUGAUUACUCGACUUUGCGUAUUGAUGGUAAACAAAUGAUUUUAUUCAUCACUUGUUUUAGAAUAAUUGAUUAAUAAACCUGCCUUCAAGGUACUAGAGUUAGUAGUGUGGCAUUAGCGGGAAUAAAUUUGGUCAUAAUGUCUUAGUUUCUAAACUAAGGAUUGUUAUUGAAUCUGGUCUUAUAAAGAUUUUUCGAACGCAUCUUAUGAACUCAGCGUUUAUAAUAUAUGAAUGUAAGAUUUUAUGUACCUGCGAUUCCAUGUACGCUUUAUCUACGUAAUCAACGCAUUGACUCCCAUUUUGACGCAUAUUUUUAUGUGUAGUUAUCUUGUAAAUAAUGUAAUUUGUAUAAUAUAGGAUCUGCAGUGUCCGUGACCACAGACGCUGCAAUUUUAAAUGUACCUUAUACCUGUGCAAAUUACAAAUUAGACGCUACGCGAAAGUGUCAACGUAGAUGUCCUUAGAUAUCUUUACUUAUUAAGGAUUUUUAGACCAAAGUACCACUUUCGUGGACGUUGGUAUUGUAAUCAAACUUUGGUGCUGUAAAUAACAAUUGGAAAUUGUAUAUUGUAAAAAAUUCUAGUAGAACAUUUAAAACGUUUAUUCGUUAUAUAUGAUUAUCAUUAUCAUGAUAAGAAGAUGAAAAGAAAUGUAUAUUUAUCUUCAUGUUCGUGAAAUAUUUCACCGCGGUUUGGAUCGUCUUUAAAGCCUGAUGGCCCUACUGCGUAAUUAUAUAUAUCUGUAACGUAUUCAUAAAACUUUAAAAUUAUAAAACAUAUGUCUACACUUAAUGUUUUGGAUGUCACAAUGACUGUAUUGUAUCUACUACUGAUAACCAAGAAUUCCAUACUAUAUAUUCCGACGAGUUAAAUAAUCAAGGAACUAUACUAAUCACUUUAGGUUGUAUUUAUGGAUAUCGUAUAUAAAUCUGAAUGGGGUAUUUUACUAAAAUAUAUCUUAAGAAUGUAUACCAAAAAUAACAAAGAAUUAGUUUUUAGAUUUAGAAUAUUGUAUUAAUUUUAAAUAUUAAGUUAAGGAGAGGUAGGUGUAAAAUUUACAAGUUUCUUGGAAAGCUGACUUUUGAUAUGGAAGCGGGGAAUCGACUGAUUUUUUAUAUCAUCUGAAUAAACUUAUAAAUCUCACACACAUUAAAGUAUACUGUAGCACUAGUGCGAAUAUGUUUUGUCAUAAUAUUUCGCUGUACACGAAUAAAAUAUUCAAUUAUGAUCAAUAGAAGGAUGUGUCUAGGUUAAAGUCAAGUACCUUAUUUGAGACUGGUGUACGAAAUAGAAUGCAACAAUGGUCUUACGAAAGUUAAACUUAAGGUAGCUUUGAUUUUAUAUACCCACAAAUUUGUUUCAACUUUUAUCAUAAUACAUAAAGGUAUGAAUAAAAUAUAAGAUUGAAGUGCAGAGCAGAACAGUAUCCUAUUUAAUAUGACAAUAGUAUACAUAUCUUAUGAUGGAUAAAUGGCUUAGUUUCUCUUACAAAUUCUAAGAUAUUUGUCGCUCUGUGUACUGUUUAGUUCAAUAUUCAAUUUAUAGUGCUGCAUUUGUAAAACGCAAUUCACCUACUUAUUUUCUUUUUAAUAUUAACUGCCCUUUUCGUAAACAGUAUAUGUUUUUUAAACAUAUGCGUCAUUAUAUAUCUUUAAAUUUUUAAGAUGCGUUUCUCGCGCUCACAUAUGUAAAUGAUAUCUUUAUGACCACAUUAUAGUAGGAUGAUACAGUAUUUCAAUUUCAGUACCUGCUAAAGAUGGGAAUUGUAAAUAAUCCUUAGUAAAAGUGACUAAGUCACCAUAUAUGGAGAUUAACAAUAUCAACAAAAAUAAACUAAUACCUAAUAUUGGUUAUAGCUAACAUAAGUAACCUUUAAAUUUAAGUCUAGUUAUAAUUUAUUUCCGAAAGUAUUUAAGUGUCCAUAAGUACCAUUUUUUUGUUCGUAUUGUGUUCUAAUAUGUUUGAUAGAUCAUGUAUUUGUAACUUUUAACUUUUUCGUGUAUUUAAAGUAGCCACAGAUUGCAAUUGUAAUGACAAUAGUAGAUUUUAUUAGUAUUUUAAAUGUCUACUCGCAUAUUAAAAUUUGAUGUCGUUAUGAUAAAUGUUCAUAUUAAUCAUUAAUAAACAUUACGGGAUAAGGUCUUUGUUAGAAUAUUAAAACUAUACAUGAUAUACAGAUUUUAAAUAAAAUAUAUAUACCACCUUUGGUUUACAUUGUAGUUCUAAAAUCGUAAUAUAUGUGUAAGGUAAUUUUAUGGUUAAUAUAAAUCAAUACUUUGUUUAUUUUUAUCAGAUUUUUAUUUACAUUUACACGCAGUAAUUUUUCAAUUGUAAAUUUGGCAAAUUUUCCAUUAAAAUUCAUUAAGCUUUAUAGGUAUGGGCACAUUUUUACAUUGUAGUGUGUUCUAAAAUUUUGGUACGUCCAUAUGAAAUAUGCCAUAUCUUCGGUUGUCCAUAGUUGCCAUUAAGAUUUUAUAAUAUUUAUAAAAUUAAAAUAACCAUUUUCAAAAUUUUCGCUACUGAUAUUUCAUACGAUUCUUAGGUACCUAUUUUACAAUUAUUUUAUAUUAGUUUUAUAAUAAAAAAAAAGCUUUAAUGUCAGAAAUUAUGGCAAAAGAUAAACAUUUAUUUUAUGACGUGUGAAGUACCUACAUGUAGAUGGGAUUUUUUGUUGAUAUUUGGCCGCCGCAACGUUAGUGCCAUGUUAAAUUUCCAUAAACUAUUCGAUUAUGUUUCCAGAAAGCGCUUAUACAAAUUCAUCUUUUCAAGAGUGUGCAAUAAAUAAUCUCUACAGUAUAAUACGCUUUAUGUAAACUAAGGUUGCAUUAGUACAUUCGUUCCCUCCACUUUGCCUUAUUAUUUGACAUUUCAUUAGAUGUUGCCGGUAUAUUCACAUGCUCACUAUUAGGUAUUUAAUACAUACAGCCUUGUUUAAUGUAAAUUUCCAGUUCCUUUUUCCUACGCUUUUAUUAGUUCAUUAUAUGUUUACACCAGCUUUGCUUAUAAGUGAAGUGUGUAAAGUUGUUGAUUGGUUGAUAUCAAUAAUACUUAUACAAAAUAGGCCAGGCUGUCAAUUCAAAGUCCAAAAUAUAUUUUUUAUUAAGAAGUAUUUUAUUACGCGUUCUAAAUAAAGAAUUUGUCCACUCAUCAAUUCUAAAAGAAUGCUUCAUCCCAGUGGGAACUAUUAUCUAUUUUUAACAAAGUGCAAUUAUCACCGCGGAACGACGGUGACCAUUGACAAAGAUUGUAAUGAGUGUACUUUGCACGCCUUCAAUUUAGGCGCAUUGGCGGUUACCGGUCUUAUUCUUCUAAGCUAUUUGUUGCUAAUGGUUUUAAUUCAACAUUUUGAUGUGUCAUUCAUAGCAUACUAUUAUUUAAAAAAAAUAAAUAUAUUUUUUAUAUCUCCAUGCCUACCAAAUAAAUGUAAGUAGGUAGUCCAGAUCACUCACAGUGCAAACUAGUUUUAAGUUUCAACGAGUCUAUAACCUAUGAAUCUCCUUAUUUCGGCAUUCCACGUGUGUAAAAACAACGAAUUUCUUUUUAUAUAUUUUUAUUUCAUACAUAAUAUAGUAAUUAAUUUUAGUUUAAGACAUAUUACAAAAAAACCGAUAUUUCUUUAUGGGUUAUUUAAAAUGGCCAGUAUACGAGAGACUUUUAUAAGUUUCCCGUAUAGACAAAGAUUAAUUAGGUAAUAGAUUUAUAUAUUCAGUUUCGGGCUCUCCUUGAUAUGAUUAAAUACACCGAAUUAUUUUACUAUUAAGUCAGUUGCCAACGCCUGUAAUUUAUCAUUUUUAUAAUACAUUGAAGAAUGAUAUUACACUCUUUUGUUAUGACCAGUUAGGUGUUUUACCUGCAAUUAUAUUUAUUUCAAAUAUUUUACAUAGGUCAUUUUUUAUAUUGAUUGAGUAAAUUGUGGUGUUGUAAUAAUUUGGGAUGAGCUUCCGACCACCACCAAUUUUAUAUAAUAUUUAAAUGUCAAUGGCGUUAAAUGUUGUAGAGAAAAUGUGCUUUAUAAAAGCAUUUUUCAUAAGCAUAUAAAGUAAUUUAAUAUAUCACUUGUUAACAGAAUGUAAUAUUGUCAAUAAAUUUGAUUAGAAUUUAA